AUGCCGAACACGAACACGUCCCUUUCUUCCCUGAUCGAAGACCAAGUCGUCCGAAAGCUUCCCGAAAGUCUUAUUCGAGAGCUUUCGCCAGCGUCAUACCGUUCGCAACGGAAGCACUACGCACUGCUUGGUAGUAGUAGCGACUCAACCGUCCAGCGGUUCCGGUGUAAUUUGUCCUGCAGCAGUAGCAGCAGUAGCAACAGCCGAUUGCGUUUUCCCGCCGCCAACAGUCGGUUGUCGGCACCGUUGUCGGCGCUCGAUGCUGUCUGGCCAGUGGCCAUUCCAACAACACACAGUAAUCUACCGUGCUGUUGUGAACAGCGACGCGUCUGCCAGCAUAGCGCCACGUGCCUCCCCCCGUCCGUCACCAUUUCGAAAGGCUUCGCUACAAAUGAAAACACGAAGCGACCCACCAUAGUCAUCUAUCCCACUGUGUCCCCGGAGACGGUGAUCAUACCGAUUGUGUCCUGCAUCAUUGGCUUCCCCAUCCUGGCGCUGCUGGUGAUAUGCUGCCUGCGGCGGCGGGCCAAGCUGGCGAGGGACCGGGACCGGCGCCGCAACAUCGACCUACAGGAUCACGCAGUCAGUCUGGUGCGAAUUAAUGCCAUACAUAGGUUCAAUUACAAUGCCCCGCGAGCUGUCAGUUUGUGUUCUGAGAGAAGUAUAAGCCACAGCAUACCCUCGCUGGAGCUGGACACGAUCCUUGAAGAGACGUUCUGUUCGGUGGAAGUGUAGCUGAAGGUCACGGCGUCUACACUGGCAUAAUGGUGUGGCUAACGUACACAUCUCCUCUUCUCCCCAAUCCACCCCUGUUUGGCUGUGUCCUUAGUGAAUGUGCAUUAUCACGCGGUUCUUCAUCCACAUACACCAACCACACCUUCCCGCCAAAACCAUCCAUUAAUAGUAUAACGAAAGUUGAAUAUGCUCAUCUUUCCAUGCGCCGGAUCUGACCGAUGGGAGCGUCGCUAGAGCCAUCGAAGCGAGAGCAUGCUCACACAGUGGGGCUCAUGCAGUCAGCGCCUCCCGUUUGCCGUCGCCAGCAUAUCAUCUAACGGCUUCAACCAUCCAGGGUAGCUGUAGUGUUUUUAGGGAUGAACAAAUAGAACUCAAUGUUUUUAGAAAGUUUACCCACUUCCAGCCACAUCCCUCAUAUCGCAACUGUGUACGAUGAUGGUGUAGUGCACAAUCACCAAGAUCUUCAUCCAUCCUGCAACGUGUAACAAUCCUCGAACGCUUUAAAAGUAAGACAACCGUGAGGUGUAGUGUUAGAUGGCUAGAAUAUAUUAGGCAAGCUAAUUGGGCGUAGCAUAUAUAACCGGCGUAUUACGGUGGUACCGGUGUAUAAGAACCACACUCUUUUUCCCCCCAUCUACCCCCUUAAACAGCCUUCUUCAAACAGCCUAGCUGAGAGUAGUGGUGUACUAGUAGAAGAAGUUAGGGCUCAGUAACACACAUACUCACACACAUACCGAAUCCUAACGACCUUACCUUUUCCAGAAACCCAGCUGUGAACGGUAUGGAAUGACUUUAUUCCAAACCUAAACUUUUGAAUGCUUUAAAAACUCAUCAAUACAUCUCGCUCCAUCAAAGUCCUCCAAAGUGGUAGAAUUAUAAUGGGUAGAUAUUUAUGUGAAGCUGUCCUGUCACUGCUGCUCCCGAUAGUAUCCUGACAAAACA